CGCCUUUAACCUCACCACACGCUCUUAAAACAAGCAUUUCCUCUCCUCUUCCUCUCGCUCUAUCACCGGAAUUUCAAGAUCGGGCAACAUUGCCGUCAAGAACGUGACGCACACUUUCUUUUCAGUUCUUUUUCUAAAUAAUUUGAAUAAUCUCCGUCUAAUGUGCGUUAUUAGAUCUUCAAGAAAAGCAAAAACCAGCUUGGAAAUGCACUGAAAGCUUUGCAGAGUGACAAGAGUUGAAGAUUUGGGUACGUAGAUGGAUUAGCUCCAGUUGCAGACAACAUUCAAUACCUGCUGUUAAAAGGAAACAUAAAAUAUAAACAGCCAGAUCGAUAUGCCUAACAUGCAUAUGAAGGAUCUUGACCAGAAUCAUCUUGUUUCUGCUCAAGUACCCAUUGGAGAAAAUGGAAAAGAGAAAAGGAGAAAUGGAAGGAGAAGAGGAGGGAAAGGACUUAACAGGAAAAUAUCAUUACCAAAUGCUCAUCAUCUUUAUUCAAGUAAUGGGUUGUCUUCUCGUUCUUCAUGCAAAAGCCUCAUUUUUCAUAAAAGGCCUGGAUAUGGACAGCUGGGGACAAAGUGCAUGGUUAAAGCUAACCAUUUUCUUGCUGAGAUACCUUAUUCAGACUUGAGUCAAUAUAGUGUAGAAAUAAGCCCAGAAGUUACAUCUCGUAAAUUGAGCAAAGCUAUUAUGACCCAGUUGGUUAAACUUUACAGAGAAACUGAUUUAGGGAUGAGAUUACCAGUUUAUGAUGGUAGAAGAAACCUAUACACAGCCAAAUCACUGCCUUUUACUUGCAAAAAUUUCACUAUAACUUUGGUUCAUGAAGAUGAGGCAACAGGCAAUAUCAAGAACAAAGAAUUUAAAGUGACAAUCAAGUUUGAAGCUUUCGCUAAUAUGCUGCCAUUAAGAGAGCUUCUUUCUGGAAAACCGGUUGAUACCCCUCAACAAGCAAUUACUAUUAUUGACAUUGUAUUAAGGGAAUUUGCAGUCCAGAGGUAUGUGUCAAUUGGAAAGUCUUUUUAUUCUCCUGAUAUCAAGAAACCACAGCAACUUGAUGGUGGCUUAGAAUCAUGGAGGGGCUUCUACCAAAGUAUAAGACCUACUCAAAUGGGAUUGUCACUAAAUAUUGACAUGUCGGCAACUGCUUUCAUUGAACCCGUUCUUGUUAUUGAAUUUGCUGCUCAAAUUUUGGGCAAAGAUGUGUAUACAAGGCCAUUGUCAGAUGCGGACCGCAUUAAGGUCAAGAAAGCCCUUAGAGGUGUCAAAGUUGAAGUUACCCACAGAGGAAAUGUGCGAAGGAAGUACAGAAUUUCUGGAUUGACCACACAGCCCACACGUGAGCUAAUCUUCCCUCUUGAUGAGCAUAUGAACAUGAAAUCAGUUGUUGAGUACUUUCAAGAGGUGUAUGGCUAUACCAUUCGAUAUCCCCACCUGCCAUGCCUUCAAACUGGAAACCAGAGGAAGGUGAACUAUUUGCCAAUGGAGGCUUGCAAGAUAGUCGAGGGACAAAGAUAUACAAAAGGGCUUAAUGAAAAGCAGAUUACUUCUUUGCUGAAAGUUUCAUGCCAGCGACCCCACGAACAAGAAUUGGACAUUUUACAGACAAUUCACCAAAAUGGAUAUGAAGAAGAUCCUUAUGUGAAGGAGUUUGGCAUUAGCAUAGAUAGCAACCUUGCAUCAAUCGAGGCUCGAGUUCUACCAGCUCCAUGGCUCAAGUACAAUGAUACUGGAAAAGUAAAAGAAUAUCUGCCUCAAGUUGGUCAGUGGAAUAUGAUGAACAAGAAAGUGAUAAAUGGAAGCAAUGUAAGAUACUGGGCUUGCAUUAACUUCUCUCGAAGUGUCCAAGAAAUCACGGCUCGUGGUUUUUGCCAGCAGUUGGUCCAAAUGUGCCAAAUCUCUGGCAUGGAUUUUAACUGUGAACCUGUGAUUCCAAUAUAUUCAGCAAGGCCUGAUCAGGUAAAGAAGGCCUUGAAGUAUGUGUAUCAUGCUGCUGCGAAAAAACUUGAAGGGAAAGAAUUGGAGUUACUUAUUGCCAUCCUUCCAGACAACAAUGGCUCAUUGUAUGGUGAUUUGAAACGAAUUUGCGAAACUGAUCUUGGAUUGAUUUCACAAUGCUGCCUUACCAAGCAUGUUUUCAAGAUUAACAGACAAUACUUGGCAAAUGUUUCACUCAAAAUAAAUGUUAAGAUGGGCGGAAGAAAUACGGUGCUUUUAGAUGCUUUAAGUUGGAGGAUACCCUUGGUCAGCGACAUCCCAACCAUAAUUUUCGGGGCUGAUGUAACGCAUCCAGAGUCCGGAGAAGACACUAGUCCAUCAAUAGCUGCUGUUGUAGCCUCCCAAGACUGGCCAGAAGUUACAAAAUAUGCUGGAUUAGUAUGUGCUCAGCCUCAUAGGCAAGAACUUAUUCAAGAUUUAUUCAAAACCUGGCAAGACCCUCAACAGGGAACAGUUUCUGGAGGCAUGAUCAGGGAACUUCUACUUUCAUUUAAGGAGGCAACUGGGCGAAAGCCAUUAAGGAUAAUUUUUUACAGGGAUGGUGUCAGUGAAGGCCAGUUCUACCAGGUUCUCUUAUAUGAACUUGAUGCAAUUCGAAAGGCUUGUGCAUCACUAGAACCUAGUUACCAACCUCCAGUAACAUUUGUCAUCGUCCAAAAGCGGCAUCAUACGAGACUUUUCCCAAGCAACUAUAAUAACAGAAGUAGCACUGACAAAAGUGGAAACAUUUUACCUGGUACUGUGGUGGAUUCUAAAAUAUGUCAUCCGACCGAAUUUGACUUUUAUUUAUGUAGUCAUGCAGGAAUCCAGGGCACCAGUAGACCUGCUCAUUAUCAUGUGCUCUGGGAUGAGAACAACUUCACUGCAGAUGAGAUUCAAUCUCUAACAAAUAACCUCUGCUAUACGUAUGCUAGGUGCACUCGGUCGGUUUCUGUAGUGCCUCCUGCAUAUUAUGCACAUCUAGCAGCUUAUCGAGCUCGAUUUUACAUGGAACCUGAUGCGCCAGAAAGUCCUAAAAUGCAUUGCACACGAACAGCCAACGGAUCGCAUGUCCGCCCACUGCCUGCAUUGAAAGAGAAGGUGAAGAAUGUGAUGUUUUACUGCUAAUUAAGUUCAGAAAUGACUGAGUACAGAAGAUUAAUAAGGGGAAAGUUAAAGAGAAAUAGGAUUUGUACAUGAAAUUGUAUUGUUAAUUAGCUUGUAUUUUAGAAUGCACUGAAAAUUUUGACCAUCUACUGAUCAGUAGUUAUCAAAAGCAGACAUAGUUUAGAUUUUCA